AGUAGAUGUGCGAUUAUAUCUUAAAGGGAGGGGCUUGAACCGGGUAUUCAGUUUGGUUUUAUCAUUGAGUGUAGUGGAGGACCGACUGCAGACUGGCUCUCUCUCCUCUCCUCUCACUCGACUCUACAGCUCUACUUUGUCCCGUUAAGAUCCACAGGGCACAGUCAUGGAGGAAAUGGACUUUGAGCGGCGCCGGGAGCUGAGGAGGCAGAAGAGGGAGGAGAUGCGCCUAGAGGCCGAACGGUUGGCGAGGAAUGAUGAUGAUGAAGAAGAGGCGGCCCGCGAGAGGAGGCGCAGGGCACGCCAGGAGAGGCUGAGGAGCAGGGAGGGCGAGGAGCCCAGUGGACAGCCAGACAGUCUGGUCAUGACCAACAGCCACAGUGUGACAGAGACAGUGUCUGUGAGCAGCUCCUAUGGAGGCGGUGGAGACGACGAGGACCAAGCCCUGCUGGACCGCAUGGCCAAACGCGAGGAGAGACGGCAGAGACGCAUGAAGGAGGCGCUGGAGAGGCAGAGGCAGCUGGACCCCACCGCGACAGAGGACAACGACAGCGUCGCCACGGAGAAGAACAACGAGGAAGAGGAGAGGCCCUCCUCCUGGCGCAGGGGUCGCUACCGUGACAAUGAGGAGGAGGAGGAGAAGAUGUCCAUGUACAGCUCAAGGAGAGAGGAGAAGGAGCGAGAGGAGCCGAGAGAGGAGGAGGAGGAGGAAGAGGCUGCUCCUGCGGGUGGAGAGGAACCAGAGGAGGGUGUAGAUGAAGAAGAGGAGCAGAAAGUGGAGGUGGUGGAGGACAAACCGAGAAGGUCUUACUUGAGAGAACAGGAAUCAACCGAAGAGCCUAAAACUCAAAACAAGGAACUUGCUGAAGAAGAAACACAUUCAGUAGUCAGAGAGAGUUCAAAUCAGGCCAAGUCAGCAGAUUCAGAGGCUGAGGAGGAUGCAGUAGAGUCAGGGGAGGCUGAAGAGGUACCUGAGGAUGAUAAUGUAGAUAAUUCAUCAGAGCACAAGCCUGUGACACUCAUAAAUGACACUGAAGAGGACACUGAGGUAUCUCAGAUACUGCACUCAGAGGAUAAUGAGGUGAAUGAGAGAGGCGCAGCCGGAGAGGAGAGGGAGGAGCAGAGGAAGCAGAACGGAGGGCUGCACGACGAGGCGGCUCCCAAACAACACAGGAAACCUGAGAGGACCCUCAGUCGCGGCAGCGUACGCUCCCCCGAGGUGUCCGCAGGUGACGACCAGGACGACGCUGCCCGCCUGGAGGCAGAGCGCAAGCUGGAGGAGCUGAAGCGCCGCCGCGACGACGCAGAGAGCGAGGAGUUCGAGAGGAUGAGGCAGAAGCAGCAGGAGGCCGAAGCCGAGCUGGAGGAGCUGAAGAGGAAGAGGGAGGAGAGGAGGAAGGUGCUGGAGGAGGAGGAGAGGCAGAAGAAGCAGGAGGAGGCGGAGAGGAAAGCCAAGGAGGAGGAGGAGAAGAGGAAGAUGAAGGAGGAGAUUGAAAGGAGGAGAGCAGAGGCAGCCGAGAAGAGACAGAAGGUGGAGGACACUAUGGACGGGGAGGAUAAACCCUUCAAGUGUGUCAGCCCCAGAGGCUCCUCUCUGAAGAUCGGAGAGAGGGCAGAGUUCCUGAACAAGUCGGCACAGAAAAGCUCAGUGAAGACGUCUCAUUCUCCUGUGGUGUCCAAGAUAGACAACAGGCUGGAGCAGUACACCUCAGCUGCUCAGCAGAGGGAGAACAAGGAGUCCCGAUCCCCUCGCUCUGGAGCGGUGGAUCUGCCCAUGGUCACUGACAGCAUACGAAACAUCAAGAGCAUGUGGGAGAAAGGCAAUGUGUUCACCUCGCCUGGAAGUGGCGGAAGCACGUUCAAGGAAGCAGCUGUGAUGAAGACAGGCGUGGCGGGCCGCAUCAACGACUGGCUGAAUAAAACCCCGGAGAGCAGCAAAGCAUCAGGAGGAAGGCCAGCGGACCUGAAGCCUGUUGACGUCACCAACAAGAGGAGUCUAUGGGAAAACAAAGGCGCCUCUCCGACCAAGGUGGCAGGCAGAGGGGAGACCAAAUCAGUCGCCAAUGGGAUGGGGCACUAAUGUCUUGAAGGAGCCACUAAAGCUGGGGACCACGACAAUCCAAGACUCUUCCUUUGACUUUGUCUUAAGAACCAAAUAAUGACCACACUCCCAAGAGGGACCCCAAGAAAACGGAGGGACAGGAGAGACGCUGUCCAAGCACUGUACCGAAACAAGAUCAUAUUUUUGUACGGUUGCCACGUGUAGUGCCUUUGCACAAAGAUUUUUGCUUUCUAAAAGAAACAAAAUGCUGUGAAAUUUGGACAUUUGUAAUUACUGUUACUAAUUACUUUAUACAAUCCUGCCAGGAAGAAGAAAAACUAAUUAAAUUUAGAUUUAUCUGUUGUACUCCAUGCAGACAGUUUUGAUAGAGACAGACUAGAUGAGUUAAAAGCUUCCACAUUCCAAAGAGAUGGGUGAAAUCAGUUCUCUCCCUCAUACAGAUCAUUUUCCAUCUCUUUUUUUAUUUAUAUUUAAAGCAAAAGCUUCACACAUUGCUAUUUUAUUCAACGUUCACCAGUUCGGGAUAGAAAUAUAAGCACUUCUAGAAUUUAGCUGAUUUCACUUUUAUUAUGUCUUACCAAUAGUGCAGCAACGGUCUGAGUAAUAUAUGUUAGCACAUGUGAUGUUUUGAAUAUGACCUAUCAUACUGUAUCGUAUAUAACAUCUUUAUACUCAUAACAAAAGGUAUUUUUGCUUUUUUUGUAUCCAGACACUAUUCACCAACAGGCAGUUAAUUUUGGAGGUGAUAGGAGUGUUGAAUAUUCAGAAGGCCAUUAUGACUUUUAUUAUCCUUUAUGUCAUUUUAUUUAUGUUUUAAUGUGUUUUUGUCCUUUUCUAUUUCUAGCUGUUUUUGUAGCUUUUGUACCUGUUGGAUCACUUUAAAAUCUUCAGACAUUCCUCUUAAAAAGCAGGUGCACAAGGUGCCUUGGCUGCUUCAAAGCUGUAGGUUUUAUAAUGUAGGAUAUCGGCAAACCAGCCUUUUUUAAUCUUCUUUUUUGCCUCUAUGCACACUCUUUUGCUCAGCAAUCAUUUUCUAAUGGAGGGCAUACAAAGUAAAAUCAGGGUGCCUAAGCAUAUAGCAAGAUACUAGCACAGUGCAAAGAUAUUUACCACUAUGUAACUCUUCUGGCCUUAUGAUUGCAAUGACAACAUUUAUGACAGCUGAGGUACAGUACAUAAAAGCCUCAAAGCAACUCAGUAUGAUAUUAAGACUUGUGAUUUUCAUGUGUAUUUUUCACUAAUGUGGUCUUGAGUAGCGCAGUCCCUUUCGAUAGUUUUUGCAAGCUUUGUCAAGCAUGUGAAUGGUUUGCCGGGGCAUUAAAUUGAUUCAUGUUACUGCUCAAAAGUCUGACAAUCACAUUCCAUGGCUCCUGAAAAGAGCAGGGGAGCUUGACCAAAAUAUUUUUAAGCGUGAUUUAAUGUGACAUUUAUGUUUUUUAAUACAGUGGUUUCAUAAUGCCGUAUUGUUUUUUUUUUCUACAACCUUAUGUCCAUUUUAUGUUUUUUCAAAAUUCUCUUAUUUCCAUGUUUAACCAGACACUUGUUGUUUGUGUAGCGCUAAGCCUAUGCAAAACACACUAUCUGUAGCCUCUCUAAACACUCCAAAUGUCAUACAAGUGUGCAGCUUCCAACUGGAUGGAUGUUUUAAACAUUGUACCCUUGACUCAACAACAGCAAUAAAGACAUUGAGGUAUUCCA